GGCGGCGGUGCUGCCCUCGCUCCUUUGUGCUCGGACGGCGGCGGCGGCCUCUCGGGUCCUGACUGGCGUGUCUUCUCUACUCGCCAGCCCGCGCUCUCCGGUGACGGACCAUGUCGGCGGCGGGAGCGGGCGCGGGCGUGGAGGCGGGCUUCUCCAGCGAGGAGCUGCUGUCGCUCCGCUUCCCGCUGCACCGCGCCUGCCGCGACGGGGACCUGGCCGCGCUCUGCUCGCUGCUGCAGCACACGCCACGCGCCCACCUGGCCGCCGAGGACUCCUUCUACGGCUGGACGCCCGUGCACUGGGCCGCGCACUUCGGCAAGUUGGAGUGCUUAAUACAGUUAGUGAGAGCUGGAGCCACACUGGAUGUCUCCACCACCCGUUACGCACAGACCCCAGCCCACAUCGCCGCUUUUGGGGGACAUCCUCAGUGCCUCGUCUGGUUGAUCCAAGCAGGAGCCAGCAUUAACAAACCGGACUGUGAGGGCGAGACUCCUAUUCACAAGGCGGCUCGCUCUGGGAGCCUGGACUGCAUUAGUGCCCUGGUGGCUAACGGGGCUCAUGCCGACCUGAGAAAUGCCAGUGGCCUGACGGCAGCAGACAUUGCUCAAACCCAGGGUUUCCAAGAGUGUACCCAGUUUCUCUUGAACCUCCAGAAUUGUCAUCUGAAUCCUUUCUAUAACGGUGGCCCCUUCAAUGGGGGCCAUCCGAAUGUAUUUCCUAAUCACAUUAGUGUGGGAACAAAUCGCAAGAGAUGCUUGGAAGAUUCGGAACCCUUUGGAGUAAAGAAAGCUAGAACCACAGCUCAAAGCUCGGAUGACCCCAUGCCGCUCCUGAAUGGCGAGGCGGAAGACGAUGCUGACAGCAUGCACGUCGAUAGAGAGUUUGUAACAGAUACGAAAAACAGUAGCUCCGUAUCGAAUACACUGACAAAUGGAUGUCUCAUCAAUGGACAUUUGGACUUCCCUUCCACGACACAGCUCAGUGGGAUGGAGAGCAGGAGUGACCAGUGCUUGACAGGACCUAAUGGAAUUGGCGGUGGACUAGUUCCAGGACCGCCGUUUCCGAGUAGCCAGGGUUCUCCCUGUGUUAAUGGGACUGAAGAGCCAGAAAAGGGCACGAGCGUUAACCCCGAGAUGUGCGGCUCUCUGCACCUGAACGGGAGUCCAAGUAGCUGCAUAGCCAGCAGGCCUUCCUGGGUGGAAGAUAUCGGGGAGAACCUGCACUACGGACACUACCACGGGUUUGGAGACACUGCCGAAAGCAUCCCUGAGCUGAGCAGUGUGAUAGAGCACUCCAACUCCGUGAAGCUGGAGGAGGGGCACGACAGCGCCGUCCUGGGCACCAUGCACCUGUUCCACGGCUCUUAGGGCCGAGGCCGCCGCUUGGACACAUGAGGCCUCCUGCUAACCAACUCCGAAUGCUAGUGUAGCGUCAACCUGAAGGAAUGCCACAACUUGUACUAUUCUCUUACACUUCAGCUUUCUGAGAAAGUGCACUCUACUCGGCAGGUUCUCGCUGCGUCCUAGCAUGAGCGCAGGUAGGCUUAUUUAGCACACACGUGUCUCUCCGUGGGACAGUGGGGGCCUCUCUCAGGGUGCACUUUUGAAAUUUAAUUUUUCUGCUGCCAAUCUCAAUAUUUUCUCUUGAAUACCAUCACCGUAAAUCGCCAUUUUUCCUUCCGUCAAAUUAAAUCGUAUCUGAUCAGGAUAGAUUGCAGACAGUGAAUGAGGUGCCUAGUAAUUUACCCCUUUGCACGCGGGCAUCAUUUUGAAGAGCUUGCUUUUACUCUUUCCAGUAGAAUUUUUGACAGAAGACAACUCUUUCCCUAUGCAAGGUACAGCCUUACAAAGAUUUCUUGCAGUGAUUUGUAUGAAGAAAAGAACGUUUGUCUUUUUCAAAGUCUUUUCAUUGAUAACUUUGCUACGUGCCGUGUGGUGAAGGUCUUACUUGUAGACACACGUAUUGGUUUGGGGACAUGAGUGGUCCCUUCUUUAAUGGUGUAGCUCACUGCCCUGGAUUUCACUGAAAGCACCUGCAGCCUGGGACUGACUUCUGAUUUGAUGUGUUUUUAUUCCACAUUUCCUACUUGGACUCUAGGAUUUUUACCACAGAUAAUGGUUUCCCCUAUAUGUAGUGGAAGUUACUCUUUGUAGGGGACUGUCAGGUCAAAAUAUUUAACUGAUUCUUUUGACAUAUAUUUUCUUUUUUCCUUGUUUUUGUUUUUUGGGGUUUUCUGCUUUAAAAUAUAUACCACUAUGUAUAUCCAGUUAACUGAGGGAAUUUUGAAUCUCUCUUAAUAAAGCUGCAUUAAGUUUAUGGUUUUAUAGAAAUUAGCUUUUGUUUAGGCAACUAGUGGUUACACUGUGCAAAUAUUGUCAUGAAUUUUUACUUUUCUGAUUUUUGUAAUAAAAAUUGGUGAAGAUAGAGGAUGUGUCAGAUGAACAAAACCAAUGUUCUCAGAGUGUUACUAACAUUUUGUUUUUAAAUUGUCCUUUACACAUGGAAUAAACAAACGCUCACGCCCGA